GGUAGGGGUAAGCUUACUGACAAACUUGUUAAGGAUCUUAACCUUUACUACGGGUUCGCUAUAAGGCGCAAUAAUAACUCUUUAGAAGAAAUGAAAAAGACAUAUGGGCAACGUUUUUACAUAAAUCCUCGACCGAUUCUAAGCCAAUGCACGAAAACUGUCCGAAAGGGCCGGAAUCUUGGUGUCAGUGGCAAAAGGCUCGUGCGCUCGGGAAGCUUCAAGAUUUCAAACACGAACCUACACUACCAAAAGAAGUUUUAGACGCUAUCAAGCCUAUAUAUACCGAUCUCAGCCGUGAUGAUCUUCUAGAACGAUGCGUAGGUGCUUUCAAUCAAAAUAACAACGAAAGCUUCAACAAUAUUAUUUGGAAAUUCGCGCCGAAAUCUACGUUUAGUGGAGCCAAAACUGUACAAAUUGCAGCUAAUAUCGCUACUAUUAUAUUUAAUAAUGGUCAUACGGCUCUUCUCCGUGUGUUAGAACUCAUGGGAGUUCGCAUUGGAAUAAAUCUCUACGAUUAUUGUCAAAAAAUCGACGAAGAACGCAUAAAGUACGCGAAUCGUCAUACACGGGCUAACACGCACGAAGGAUGUUUGCAUGCCCAGCAAGUACUUCGAAGACAAACUAUGGAUGACGAAGAGCUGCUAUACGGUCCAGGGAUAGCAGACUAAUAAAAUAAAACACGACGCUCCGUUUUGCUGGAAUGCUGUCAACCACCCAAGGGUCAUUUAAAAAAGACGCAAUUUUAGAUUAGCUGCAGAAAAAACAAUGGCCGCCACAAAAAAAAAACAAAAAAAAUUUUUUCAUAUAAUUUAAACAUUCAUAAACAUAUGUGUAAAGUUACAUGUAAAUCGGUUAAUCCGUUUUUUUUAAAUAAAUAAAAUAAAAACCUUAUGAAAUAUCGCCGUUUACAGUGUUCGGGCCCCUUAACUGUUAUUGCCUGACCAGCCACAUUUUCGAAGAAGAAUGGUCCAAUGAUGCCUCAAACCCAAAAUCCGCACCAAACAGUGACACAUUGUAUGUAUAUAUAUAUACGAGGUCUGUUCAAAAAGUAUCGCGGAUUUUGAAUUUCCGCGGGUUACGUAUA